AUGGCCCAACCUCCCUCCCUCCGCUCAGCUUCUCCCUUGCCAAUUCCAGCCUCGCUCACCAAGAUCACCUGGACCCAGGAACUUACCUUCGCGCUGAUCUCGCAAAUGGAGAAGCCCGAGAAUUUCAGAGUACUGUUUGGGAAACAGGACAAGGACGAUCGCACCGGCAAGGAAUCAAAAACAAAGAUCCAUCAAUCCAUUGCUCGAGAACUGUUUCCCCAGUACGCCGGUAAUCCCAAGUUUGUCAAGACACUAGGGGAGCGUGUCAAGGGGAAGAUUGAGCAGGGCCUCGUUUCCAAGUACCAUCUCCAUGUCAAGCGAUUACGUGCGACUGGGGAUGGUGUCUGUGAUGAUGAACAGGCCCCAAACGAGCAGACACUCCGUCUCCUUGUUGGCCCCGAUGGACCAACCAACACAACCUCUGCAAAGGCGCACAAUAUCUGGGAGGAAAUUCUGCAAGAGUUUCCCUACUUUGAACGCCUUCACCGUAUACUCUCUACCCGCCCCAACAUCACCCCACCCCUCAUUAUCACCGGCACUGGCCCACAUGGCCGCUCAAUCAUUUAUAACGAAACUGCUCAACCCGAAGCAUCACUGGCUGAUGGUCCACCUACCACGUCCACCGCAGAACAUGAGCCGUUCACUGGUACAUUUGAUCUUUUCCCCUCUGCCUUUGAUCCCUUAGUGCUUGAGUCUUUGGUUGAUCCGUCUCUCACUGUUCCUACUCUACCGCCCGCCAACUGGCACUCUCCAAGUCCACCUCCACUGACUCGGCACUCUCCGAGUCUACCACCCACCGCCCAACACUCCCCAACUCCUCCUCCUCCUCCUCCUCCCUCAACAUCAGCAAAACCCCGAGCUGGUCAUAAACCAAAAUCGUCCUCUUUUUCAUUUGGGACACCGCCUUCACUUGAUGCUGCUGUGGCCAAGGCCAAGGAAAAAGUGCAGCGCAUACCUGCAAAGCGAGGCAUUGAAGAAGUUCUUGCUGACCACCUUGGGUAG